AGGGGUGGGAUUAAAAAGCUGAUGUCUAUGGUGAUAGGUGGGAUGGGCUGAGAGUGGCAUUAAAGAGCUGAGGUCUAUGGUGAUAGGUGGGAUGGGCUGAGAGAGGUAGAGGGGUGGGAUUAAAGAGCUGAGGUCUAUGGUGAUAGGUGGGAUGGGCUGAGAGAGGCAGAGGGGUGGGAUUAAAGAGCUGAUGUCUAUGGUGAUAGGUGGGAUGGGCUGAGAGUGGCUGAGGGGUGGGAUUAAAGAGAUGAUGUUUGGUAAUGUAUUAUUGUUAUGUGACUGCUUUAUAUAAAAGUACCAUGUAUGUAAAAUGUGUAUGCAAAAUGUAUACGUAAAAUGUAUGUAUAUGUAAAAAAAAUAGAUUUUUCCUCAAAAUGGGUUAAUAACAAAAAAAGAUGUGCCACUGAUUCCACUCCAGCCUUUACCACCAGCCUGUCCUCCCUAAUUAAGGUGCCACCAACCUCCUGUGAUAAGCAUAAUGUGCUCAUUGAAAGCAAUCCAAAUAGUCUUUGUCAGUUUGGAUGUGGGGGUUUGACCUCAAGGAGGACUUCUGGAGAGAGCUACUACAAGUAGUUGGGUUUGUACGGUAUAAUAGCCCCUUUCUUCACCUGGUGAGGGAGCAAAAAAAUGAAUAGUUUAGGAGCAAAGUGAGGAAAGGGUUCAGUGUAUGUGUUUGGAGAAGGAGAGCGGAAACGUCCAGUGAAAAUGUACAGCAGCACCGCAGAAUAUACUACUAGUAGUGAACACAGUGCUUAUCUGUUGUGCUCUGAGCCUCUGGCUCGUAGUCACUACAUACCUCUACAGCCAAUGGCCACAGCACAAACCUAACUUCAUGACUUGGUUCCAGAAUGGCUUUGCAUAUGUUAAUAAACUGUAAUCUGAGUAUACUCGUCUUGGCUGACUUGUUUAUUCUUUUUCAUUUGUAGGAUUGUCUAGCCUCCUCUCCACUGAGACACUGGGGAAGGAGUUUAUAGAACUGUUGGAAUUCGGACCAUCCAAAAACUAUUCUGCCUCAAAAUGUUGUUUUCUCUAGCCCUCCUCUUCCUGCUAACCCCGUUCCCCUCCCUUCAAACUCCAGUAACCAAUGAGAAAAGAAACGCCACAGGAACAGGAAGUGAACCGAAACCCUAUGUCCUACUCACCCUCGCAAGACCAAAAACCGCAGCCACGCUCGUGAAUGUCAACAAAGAGACCCCUAAGCCCACUCUGAAAGCCCUAAACCCAACUGCACUCAAUCAGACAAAUCCAGCCCCCUCAAGCACCCUCAAAACUCCAACAGCCACGCUCGUGAAACUCAACAAAGAGACCCCUAAGCCCACUCUGAAAGCCCUAAGCCCAACUAUAGCCAAUCAGACACAUCCAGCCCCCUCAAGCCCCCUCAAACCUCCAACAGCCACGCUCGUCAAACUCACCAAAGAGACCCCUAAGCCCACUCUGAAAGCCCUAAACCCAACUGCAGCCAAUCAGACACAUCCAGCCCCCUCAAGCCCCCUCAAAACUCCAACAGCCACGCUCGUGAAACUCAACAAAGAGACCCCUAAGCCCACUCUGAAAGCCCUAAGCCCAACUAUAGCCAAUCAGACACAUCCAGCCCCCUCAAGCCCCCUCAAACCUCCAACAGCCACGCUCGUCAAACUCACCAAAGAGACCCCUAAGCCCACUCCGAAAACCCUAAGCCCACCUAUAGCCAAUCAGAUUCAUCCAGCCCCCUCAAGCCCCCUCAAACCUCCAACAGCCACGCUCGUCAAACUCACCAAAGAGACCGCUAAGCCCACUCCGAAAGCCCUAAGCCCAACUAUAGCCAAUCAGAUUCAUCCAGCCCCCUCAACCCCCCUCAAACCUCCAACAGCCACGCUCGUCAAACUCACCAAAGAGACCCCUAAGCCCACUGUGAAAACCCUAAACCCAGCUGCAGCGAAUCAGACACAUCUAGCCCCCUCGACCCCCCUUAAGCCUCCAACAGCCACGUUUAUCAAACUCACCAAAGAGACCCCUAAACCCACUGUGAAAGCCCUAAGCCCAACUGCAGCCAAUCAGACUCAUCCAGCCCCCUCGACCCCCCUCAAGCCUCCAACAGCCAUGUUCAUCAAACUCACCAAAGAGACCCCUAAGCCCACUGUGAAAGCCCUAAGCCCAGCUGCAACCAAUCAGACACAUCCAGCCCCCUCAACCCCCCUCAAAUCUCCAACAGCCAUGCUCGUCAAACUCACCAAAGAGACCCCUAAGCCCACUGUGAAAGCCCUAAGCCCAACCGAAGCCAAUCAGAUUCUUCCAGCCCCUUCAACCCCCCUCAAGCCUCUCACAGCCAGUGGUCCAAAGACCACAACCAAAGACAAACCCUCCAUCACACUGCCGCAUCCCAUCCCCAUCAAGGUGCUCAUCACUUCUGACUCUGGCUGCAUCAGUAAGGACACCCAGAGCGACGCAAGCAACCGCACCAAGGAGCAGACCCAGACCCAUGAGCUGAAGCUGAAGCCUGGCUUUCCUCUAACCCUGACCCACCGCAUCAGUCUGGUUCCUACCUCCUGCACCGGGGGAUGUGUGGCUGAGAUGGCAGCACUGAAAGGACGUGUUGGCAGGCUGGAGAAAGAGAUGUCCCUCAUGAAGAGUAAAUGUGCUUCCUGCUCCAAAGGCCCAUGUCACAAUGACUGCAGUGCGAAUGGGAAAUGUGAGAAGGGAAAGUGUGUCUGCCUCCCAGGGUUCCUUGGUCUAGACUGCAGUAAAUGUACAGCUGGAGCUGACUGCAGUAAAAAAGGUCCCAAAGACAAAAUCCAGAUAACGGUGGAGACGGUGGCGUUGAAGGUAUCACCUGAGAGCAGUGCUAUCACAGAGAGUCUGCAGGGGAAGAAGACCAAGGCAGACCAAAUCCUCUUCCAGAAGAAAACAGAGCAAAAGAAACCCACAGCCGCCAAAGAGGAUGGUGACAUCAAAAGCAAAACGAAAGGGACCACAAGUGUAAAAGCAGGGCUCACCAAGACACAAGCCAAACAAGGGGUUACUGUCACUAAAACCAAAACCACCCAUUCCAAUGCUACCAAGACUGGACUGGGCCGACCAACCGUCGGACAGGUUCUGUUGAAACACCAUGGAGGAAGAAAGCAAGAGAGCAAAGGCAAAACGACAGUUAUAAAGAAGCUGUCUAAACCUGACCUGAAGUUGAAAGGAACAGUGAAGGAGGAAUCUGGAGGUAAAGCCAAUGCUGAAGCUGGCAACCUCCAAGACCAGCCUCAAGACAAUGUCACCCAAAGCACUGUGAAGACGUUUGUGAACAAAACCCGGUCAGCAAAAGAGACUCUGGAGCAGUCGACGUUGGCUGAGAAGAAUGUGACUCUAACAUCUGGAAAGAAAACAGUCAAAAAGGUGAAAUUAGUUCAGGGGACUAUGAACGUUACAAAGGUGUCAUUGGCUUUUGAUAUCACUAAGGCUGGGACGGGCAAGAUCACCCUUACAAAGGACAUUAAGACAGAGGCAGACAUCUCCUCAGGCACAUCUAAAACUACUGUGAAGACAGGGUCAGGCAAAGGGAAGCCAGUCCCACGGAAGAGUCAGUAUGUUGUGAACAUGACCACUGUGGAGACCACCUCUGAAGUCAAAGUCUUCAGCAACAAGACAACAACUAUCCAGUCUUCCAAAAACACCACCAGGAAAGCAGGAACAGGAGUGGGCCGUGGACUUGGCUCUGUGAAGGUUCAGAACAUCACCACGUACGGCUUCACCCUCACAUGGUCGGCCCCAACAGCCAUGUUUAAGAACUUCACUGUGUCCAGAAGAGAGCACAGGGCAGAGGGUGAGGAAGAGGAGGAGGAAGAGGGGGAGGAGGGAGCUGCUCUCAGGGAAGAGGACAGAGUAGCCGGAGUCGUAAACUCCACCAUUGAGAUCCGAAAACAGAGCCCUAAUGGAACCGUGGCUUUCCCCACUAAAGCUCCCGGUAGCUCCAGAGGUAAAGCUCACACAAAGAGGGUGUCCGUUGUUCUCCCUGACAGCGUUCGCUCUGUGGAGUUCAGUAACCUGCGACCUCAGACCCGAUACUCCCUUCACAUAUGUGGCACCACUUCCGGAUCCCGCUCCAAGAUUCACAGAGUAACCACCAUGACAGGACCUGAGCCACCCACCGAGCUGGUGUUUAGUAACGUGACAGAAGCCUCUCUUUCUGUGUCCUGGUCCAAACCAAAGAACAAAAUCUCAGGCUUCAAAAUCACAUACUCUCACUCAGUCACGGGAGAGAGUGGUUCUGUGUCUGUCUGUCAUCAUGACUGGAGAGAGUGA